UUCAGUAAAAAGAAAUGAUAACACCGACGUCUAGGUGCACCACCGCAUGCAUACCUUCUAUAGGUUGCAAUGCUAGCAUUAAUUAUUGCUCAAAAUAAUUGCGAUAUCUCUUAAACCGACGAUGAAAUUUGCGAAAUUUUCAAAUUAAUUUGCGGCGAAUCGUCGGACGAGGUACCAUGUUCGAUUUCCUCAUAUUUUUCUUCGUAUUAUUUGCAGUAGGCCCUAAUGUGUUUAGUGCGAACCUGAAUAAGACGUUUCACGAAGUUCCAUCUGAGACAAAAGUGUUUUUUGGGCUGUUUGAUCAAUUUAAAUGGUUCAAGUUCUUACCGGUAGUGUCUGAUAAUGAAAAGUGUAAAUCUGAUUUGGAAGUUUAUCUGGGAAGCUUGGAAAAUGGGACUUCUUGGGCUGCAAAGAUGUACGAUGCCACUGGUAGGUACAACGGAGAAUUCUACUUUGGAAACAACUACUGGACCGGCUCCUGGACCUCGUGCCACGAAUUACAAACCAAAGAACCCCACAAGAAAACCCCACCAUUUCCAACCUACUUCUACGUGGCAAAAGUUACUGUCUUUGGCCAAUCAAAAAUAACCUCCACGGACCGCCAAAUACAUUUGGGGUUAUGUUUGCCAUUAAGUUGCGGUACUAAGGACAUAAAAAACUUACUUUUCAAGGAAAUAGAGGGAGCUAAGGUGCGUUUGGAAGUCACAGACGUCAGGGCAGUGCCAGGCAACUAUUCUUUAAUAAAAGACGUCAAAUUUCAAAUUUUAGGGGCCUUUGCUAUAUCUUUGGCGUCACUUAUAUUAAUAGCAUCCCUAGUGGACCUGUAUAUCCGUAAAAAGAGAAACUGUAUUUAUCCAGAGAAUAGGAAUGAGAACAAUAAUAUCGCAAGUACUUCUAAAGAGAGUGGGGAAGGAGUUAAAAGGUCAAAAAGUAUUCUUAAUGUUUUCCUUGAAAUACUAUUAGCAUUCUCCUCUAUCAAGAAUGCCAGAAAAAUCAUAUCAAGCAACACAAGUUCGACCAACAUAUGCUGCUUGGACGGUCUCAGGGUGUUUUCCAUAGCCUGGAUCAUUUUAGUCCAUACAUUUCUUCAAGCCUUUGGUAUCGGCCGAAAUAAAGACUUGAGGAUUAUUACUGAAAGAACGUUCUUAUAUCAGACUAUUAGCAACGCUACUUUUUCAGUGGAUACGUUCUUUUUUAUCAGUGGUUUUUUAGUCAGUUUAGGGGUCUUCAGAAACUCUUUAAAACCAGACAAAAAACACGAAAAAAAGUGGACAUCUUUACUCACUUUUGGUUUUACUAUAUUUUAUCGGGUCUUAAGGUUAACUCCCGCCUAUUUAUUUUUGAUAGGGGUGAGUCAAGUGGCCAUGAGUUACAUUUCCACUCAUUCAGUGUUCACAUCCGGAUUUAUCGAUCAUAUAACAUGCGAGAAGUUUUGGUGGAGGAACAUCCUGUAUAUAAACAAUUUAUACCCUCAAAAGGAGAUGUGCAUGCUGUGGUCCUGGUACAUGGCUAAUGAUACUCAAUUUUUUGUUCUUGGCACUGUUUUAUUACUAAUUGCCAUAAGGGGCCCAAAGCACCUGAACUAUAUAGGAAUCGUUACGUUAAUUAUUUUUCUCUCUUCUUGGAUCGUAACCUUUAUGCUGGCGAUGACGUACAACUAUACAGCGAAAAUUCAAGCACCUUUUUUCAUGUUUGACCUUUUUUAUGAUAAACCUUGGAUGCGAAUUACUCCGUACUUAGUAGGAAUGAUAACAGGUUACGUACACUUUAAACUAAAAGGCAAAUUGCUGCUUACACCUGCAGUGGUUACUAUAGGAUGGAUCCUUUCUUUAGCUUGUCUGGCCUCUUUGGUUUAUGGAUUGGGUGAGGAAGGAUUGGUACUACCCGCCUCCGCUUUAUAUGUUUCUCUUGGACACACAGCAUGGGCAAUAUCCUUAUCCUGGAUAACCAUAGCCUGCAGCUUUGGCUAUGGAGGACCCAUUAAUACCCUACUCAGCUGCAAACUAUUCUUACCAUUAAGCAGACUUACUUACUGCGCUUACCUCGUACAUCCCAUCUUGAUGUACCUUACCAGCCUUAUAUUGGACGAACCUUUACCCUUGCAUGCGGUUUUAAUUAUCGUAGUUUUUCUUGGAAACUUUUUAUCAUCGUUUAUUGUCGCUUUUGUGUUAUCUUUAGCCCUGGAGUCGCCGGUUAUAAACUUGAUAAAGAUGGUUUUAUCCUGGUAGAUUUGUGCCAAAUUAUUGUUUAUUGUAUUUUAUAAGUGUUAUAUUUUUGUUAUAAGUUAAUAAAUAUAUAAAAUUACCAGUAUAAAGGUAUUUCCCCUUCUACUCAUGAUUUAAUCUUUAAGAUAAGAUAACCCCUAUAAGCUAUAAAGAAAUUAUAUUUGUAUGUUCAUUCAACAACAAAAUGUUUCCACUAAAUGGGUUAACAAUUUUCAUAACUUAUUUUGUAAUCUUCUCGACGACAGAACCAUUAAAGGAAGAUAUAGAACGUCGAUAUCUUGUGCCCAUAUCCUAUACCCUCUGGAUUAGUUCAAACUAUUCAAAUCUUCCAGAAAUUCACUCCAUAAACGGAAAUGUUCCAGGAAACUCAACAUUUUAUCAAGUUAUGCAGAUUGCCUCAGGCUUAUACCCAAAAAACUUCGAGUUUGAAGCCAUAGAAUAUCCAAAUCUUGGACAUUUUAUUACGAGUAUUAAUGGCUACACUCAAGAUCCAGGAAAUUGUGUUUACUGGAUGCUUUAUAAUUUAACGUCGUUUCCUAAUCCGGAAUUGCCUCCAGGGGUUAGUCAACUUUCGCCAUGGGGUGUUGAUAGCCUGAUAAUAGAAGCUGACAAGCACUACUUAUUUUGGCUUCAAGAAUAUAGCUACCCAUGAACUCCAUAAAUUAGGAAUAGGAUUUAAGGAUCUUGGUUAAUGACGAAAUUGUAUUUUCUCAAGUCCAAAAAUCUAAAAUUGAACAAAUAAAACUUCGCUGUAAAAUUAUUUUUUAUAUAUUUUCUCUAAUAUUCAAAAUUGCUUAAUAAACCUCUUUACAAAUACA